UAGUGAGAAGAAUCUCGUGUUUUGCAUGUGCUGAAUCUCUUUUAUCUCGAUGCGCGAUGCAGAAUUCUCUUCCGGCCUGCUGCUUAAUGCUGCUCUUCGUCCUACCUGCCUAUGCAGCAAUUCAUGACAACAGCAUUCCUGACUUCGCCCAGACCAUAAUAGCGGCGCAGGCAUCCUGUCCGAGUUGUAGGGAGAACGCUUUUCAUGUAUCCGAAGAUGAGUUGACAGCGUUGAGGAUAGAUUUUGUGAAGAACCAGAUUUUGAAGAAGUUGCGGAUGAAAGAACGACCAGCAGUCAACAUACCGUUGUCCGGGGUUCCUAAGCCGGUUGCCGAAGGUGCGACAAUUGAAUCUUAUCGGGAGAAUAAACAUCAUAAGGAGCGGGAUGAAUACUAUGGGAAAACUACUCAGAAGAUCAUAUUUCCUAAAGAAGAUAAUUCGCGGUGUGCAGUGCUCCCAAACGAACGUUAUCCCUCUGCCUGUUUUUCAAUUGAUUUACCUAAAGACGUAGACGCAGUAGAUGUCAGCGUAGCAGCCUUAUGGCUCUAUAAGGAAAGUGAUGAUUUAGACUCCCAUAAUCAAACGUUUCUGGUAUCCACAGUGGGUCAUUGGGACUCCAAAAGAAGCUUUAUGAAGACAAACUCAAUAGCAAUAAUCGAGACAAGUGUUGGAAAGGGUUGGGUGAAAGCAGACAUAGCAUGGUCAGUUAAAAAUUGGUUUCAAUACCAUGAAUUAUCGCAAACUAUUCGAGUGGUGUGCAUGACUUGUGCAAUGGAAGCUGAAGACACACCUGUGUCGUUGGAGACUCAUUUUAGGCCUUUUAUAGUGAUUGAUACUCAUUCGCAAACGAAAAAACGCCGCAAGAAGCGAAAUAUCAAUUGUGGUCCCGGAGUUCAUGAAUGUUGUCGGGAAAAACUAUAUAUAUCGUUCAAGGACAUUGGCUGGGAUGACUGGAUACUUCAUCCGAAUGGGUACCACGCCUAUUUCUGCAGAGGGUCCUGCUCAACGGCCGCUUCAGUGACCCUCAGUGCUUCGCCUCAUAACUCCAUGCUCAGGAAAGUAAUGAACAUGCAUGGAGACGAUCGCGGCCUAAACGACAACCACAUUUUGACCCAUUCCGGAGACAGUAAAAGAUUCGAAAUCAUUCCAUGUUGUACGGCCACACAAUAUUCAUCUCUUCAAUUGCUCUAUAUGGAGAACAACAACACUGCCACACAGAAGACACUGCCAAAUAUGGUAGUCGAAUCCUGCGGCUGCAUGUGAUGGAAAAAAGGUAACUAGGAAAUAUACCUUUGAUUAACCUCUUUAGAAAAUUGAAAGAUCGCUAGUGAUUAAGUUAUUUGAUUAGUUAAAAUUACAUGGUUUGUGUAUUUCGAUGUAUGUAUGUGUCGGUAAUUGUUAAAUUAAAAUAUGUAUUAACAAAAUGGUGUAAAAUUUAGAGUAAAUUAUUUU